AACGUAGUAAAAGAAUGAAGAAAAAUAAAAUAAAAAAUUGUAGUCGUGUUCUCUAUAACAAACUCCUCGACUUUACCUAGACACACACAAACUCUACGACUCUAUAUAAGCACCAUCUCAGUAUCCUGCUUGAAACCCAUCUAUCUUCGAUCUUUUUAACAAUGGCUGCUCCAUCUCCAACACCCCUUUUGAAAGAUGAGCUUGAUAUAGUCAUCCCCACCAUUCGAAACCUUGAUUUUCUUGAGAUGUGGAGGCCCUUUUUUCAGCAGUAUCAUCUGAUUAUUGUUCAAGAUGGUGAUCCUUCAAAGACUAUUAAUGUCCCUCAAGGCUUUGAUUAUGAGUUGUAUAAUCGUAAUGAUAUCAACAGGAUUCUGGGUCCUAAAGCUUCUUGCAUCUCCUUCAAAGACUCUGCUUGUAGGUGCUUUGGGUACAUGGUUUCUAAGAAGAAGUAUAUCUAUACCAUCGAUGAUGAUUGCUUUGUUGCCAAAGAUCCAUCAGGAAAAGAGAUCAAUGCUCUUGAGCAGCACAUCAAGAACCUGCUAAGCCCCUCAACUCCAUUGUUCUUCAACACCCUGUAUGACCCUUACAGGGAUGGUGCUGACUUUGUUCGAGGUUACCCGUUCAGUAUGCGUGAGGGUGUCCCAACUGCUGUUUCUCAUGGUCUUUGGCUCAACAUCCCUGAUUAUGAUGCCCCCACUCAGCUGGUUAAGCCCCGUGAGAGAAACACUAGGUAUGUUGAUGCUGUGAUGACCAUACCGAAGGGAACUCUCUUCCCGAUGUGUGGUAUGAAUCUGGGAUUUGACCGUGAACUCAUUGGGCCUGCAAUGUACUUUGGACUCAUGGGAGAUGGUCAGCCAAUUGGGCGUUACGACGACAUGUGGGCUGGCUGGUGCAUCAAGGUGAUCUGUGACCACCUGGGUUUGGGAGUGAAGACAGGUCUGCCAUACAUCUGGCACAGCAAAGCAAGCAACCCCUUUGUCAACUUGAGGAAAGAAUACAAAGGCAUCUACUGGCAAGAAGAGAUUAUUCCCUUUUUCCAGGCCGCGACCCUUCCCAAGGAAUGCACCACUGUUCAACAAUGCUACCUCGAGCUCUCCAAGCAAGUUAAGGCGAAGCUUGGAAAGGUUGAUGAUUAUUUCAUCAAGCUUUCAGAUGCUAUGGUCACAUGGAUUGAAGCUUGGGAUGAGUUGAACCCGUCAGGUGCUGCAGCAGCAGCAGAUGUUAAGGUAAAGAAGUAAACGACAUUUUGAGAGAGAGUGGGAGAGGGAGUUGUAGGCAUGUAAUCCUAAAAGUAAUUCUUUUGCUUUCAAGGUUAAUUAGGAUCUUAAUUUCCUCACUCUGCCCUGCACUGUUGAGAGUAUUAUUUAGUUUCCAUUGCUUUUUUAUUGGAUUAAGUUAUGAAUUACUUUAUACAUUAUGCUUUUUUGCAUAAUAUUGGGAGAUAUUAAGGUAUUUUCAAUUGUUA